ACUCACUAGUACUAGACACUAGUCAGUUUCGAUUCGACAACGAUUUGUGUUUCGCGUUUCUUACUUUCCUGUUCACUUUAUAAUAUUAUGUAUUUAAUGGAAUAAGAUUCGUAUCAUUUGAAGGAUAUACGAUGUUAUUUAUCGAUACGAUAAAUUUCUUUCAUCUUGUGUUGGUUAUAUUUUCAAGCCAAUAAUACAAUUGUUGUAUGGGGUUGUAUGUAGGGAUCAGUGUUGAGGUGCAGUCUACAAGUGCGCGUAUUUCUAAUUACAAUCUAAUAAUAGUUGCAAUAAAUACCUAGUGAAUUUGUGUAAUGUUAAGUGCUUAAUGCAAGUGUUUGUUGGAGAAAUGGGGCAAAGUCCAAGCUCUAUAAGGAGUAAGGGCAGCCGGAAGUCCUUUCGAGGAUUUGUGCGGCGGUCAAAACUAAAUAAGUCCAGUUUAAGCCACACAUUUAACUUGCCGCCCUCAGAGGAAUAUCCAGAGUUGAUGAAUAUUAAUACCGCUACUGAGGAACAGUUAAUGACUCUGCCAGGAGUGAGUAGACAGCUGGCGCGGGAAAUCGUCAGACAUCGCCAGAUGAUCGGUCGUUUCAAGCGAGUUGAUGACCUUGCUUUAGUAUCAGGUAUAGGUGCUGAAAAAUUAGAGUUACUAAGACCAGAAAUAUGUACAAAUAUAAAAAGACAAGUAUCUCGAGCAAGCUCAUGUACACAUUCACUAGAUAGCUUUCGAUUGUCAAUGGAAACUAAACUAUGUUCUGUAAAUUCCUCCAGUGUGUUCCAAUUGCAAUGUGUACCAGGCCUCAACCAGGAGCUAGCUGCUAAUAUAGUUGAUUAUAGGGAUAAAAAAGGUCCCUUUAAAUCUCUAGAUGAUUUAAUAAAAGUCAGAGGGAUAGAUAUUGUGAGACUAAGUGGUGUGAAGCCUCACUUAAAUUUAGAUUUAAGAAAAAGUGAGAGUGAGCAACAUUUGCCUAAUGGUCAUGUAAAUGGAUGGACAGAUGCUUCUUUGAAUGGAUCAUUAAUAAGUAGUGAAUUGAAAACACCAGUGUCACCAAGCCGAAAGAGCUUUACAAUGCCUGUUAAAUUUCCUUUAACACUACCAAAUGGAUUUGCUGCUGCACCUGUUAAUGAUAUUUUAGACUUGUUAUCAGCAUACUCACAUAGACCAGUUGUAAGAGAAGAUUUUAUGUAUGAAAGAGAUGGUGUAAGAUGUUGUCGUCUUGCAUCAUGGAAUAUUCACCAGUUAACAAUAGAAAAGGUGAUAAAUCCCGGAGUAAGGGAAGUGAUGUGUCGGACAAUAUUAGAAAAUAAGUUGUCUGUAAUAGCUAUACAAGAUGUUGUAGAAACGGAUGCAAUUAAAAUGAUAUGUGAAGAGUUAAAUGCACCAACUAUAAGGAGAGUUAGAGAGUGGAAGCUAAAUAGUCAAAAUUGGGAAUAUUGCAUACCACAGAGUGCUGAUUGUCGCUCCCUCUGCUUCAUAUAUGAAAACAGUAAUGGCAACAACAAAAGUGUGACGAUAGAGGACGUUGCGACGGACCAGCUCCAUCUGGUGGUGAAUUGUGAUGUUAAGAAGCUGGUGGAAAUGCUGGAUGAUCUGCGAAGUGAUAGAUUCAACACCAGCACGCAAGCGUUCCUUAUAUGCGGCCGGCCUAUAAUUUUGGUGAACGUGCACUGCAAGGAUACGCUAGACGAAGAAGACUGCAGAAGGUUGAAGGAAGUUGUUGAUGUGGCAUCCGCCAUUAAGCUACAAUUAGCGCUCAUGGGCGAGUUUCUUACUUGGGGAAAUGUGCAAUCGUUACAUAACUGCGAAUCAUUGCUGAACGAAGAAGCAAAGACCACAGUGGAUGUAAAUACGAUGGGUAAAAGCUCUGUUCUGUGCCCGGGGAACAUAGAAAGCAGUUUUAAUGGUCAUUCGGGAACCAUUAAAUCUGGUCUGUGCCACCUGGCAAUACCGCGCGGCUGGUCCUGGGGCGGCCCAGCUUCCCCAUAUUGCCCUAUUUGGACCGAGAUCAAAGUACCCGAUUGACAAAAAAUAAAAAUUGUCGAUGGUAGUAAUUUAUCUGUGGUCUACGUGGUGACGACAGCACUCCUUCUUAUAAUACAUUGUCUAUACUUUAUUUUUCAUAUUUUUAAUCCGCCAUUUUGAAGUGACUUCGCGCCAUUUUGUCUAUAGGCUAAGCAUGUUGAAUAUCACGCGAUUGUCAAACUUAUGUAAUUUAAAUGUAUUUAUUGAAAUGUAGAUAAUUUUAUUGUUCUAAUAAUUGUAUAUAUUUAAUCAUGUUAUUUUAAAUGAAUUUAGAAAUCGAGUCCCAAAGGUAAAUAUUUUUAAUAUAGAUAAUUUAAUUCCAAUUAAUUCUGUUUAUUUCCAAUUGAAGCUAAAUGCUUAAAGUUGUAAUUUUUUAAAGUUUUAAGGUUUUUGGUUAUUAGAUUUUCACACCAUGUGAAAUGAAUGUCAUGUAUAUUUUUUUAAUUUAAUAGAAUUCCAAACCUUUUUAAUCUACAAUAAUAUUUCGUAAAAAUUUGUGUAAAAUAAUGGGUAACAUUGUACCUGAAAGAUUUCCUUCUAGAAUAGAAAAUUUCAAAUAUAUUUCCUUAUCAAAAUAGUAUAGAUAGGAAGUACGAAUAAAAUCUAAAAUUAAAACUGCUUUAUGAAUUUAAACUACCUAUAAAACAAUUUCAAUUAGGAGAAUUAUAAAAAAAAUAUUCAUACGCCAGAAAUGAAUUUCAAAGUGGCGAUUUAAUGAUCCAAUAUAGGCUAGCUCCACAUGAUUUAUCUACUUGUGGUAUGGUAUUAACAUACGAAUAGCAAGUUAAACGUUUGUUUGUUUGAACGUAUUUAUAUCAGGAAUUAAUGAUGCGAAUAGAAUACUAUGGUUUAUUAAAUGAAUUCGCGGCACAGCUAUUUUAUAAUAACAGGCUAAUUUUACCUACUCUUAUUAAACAAUUGAGUUAUAUUGACUGAAAAAGAUUUGCUUAAAAAAUUGAUACAUUAUAUUAUCGUUUACACAGACUAUAUAAUGCAUUUUGCGGGAUCGAUUUGCAAAAAGUAAAUUCAAAUUUAUGGCUUAUUUAUUUUAUUGCUGCUAGAAAUAUGAUAUCUGUUUAUAUUUCAUUAUGAGCGAAGCAAACAUGUUUCAAUCCACUCGAAUCCACGCCUGAGAUAAUCUAUUGCAUAAUAAUCCGAUAAGUGAUAAAACAGCUACGACUUAUGCAACGUGACUCCAAUAGAAAAUCUAAAAUGGGGCUAAUCACGGAGUAAAAUAGUUCUAAAAAUAACUGUGUAAAUAUUGCUUACGAUAUUUUGUUUGAAAUGGCGUUCUGUAAAAAAAACUUUCCACUAUCAAACAGCAAUAAAAUAUUCCGCUGUUAGCGAAUAUUUUCGAAAUAUACAGUAAUGUUGUUCAUCAUCAGUACAUAUUAUCGGUAUUAUCAUGACCGUAGCAAAGGUUAACACUAACGAACAAAAUAUUUUCAUAAAAAUAUUGUAUGAAAAUAUUUUGUACGUAAUCAAGCUGUAAUAUAUUUAAUUCAAAUAUUUGACAGUUACGUACAGAAUAUUGCUUAUACGUGCUGCCAUUUUAUUUACUUAGUAAAAGUAAAGAAGUCUUUCAUGUAACAAUUUUUUAAGGUAAACACGGAAUGACCGAUAAAUUUUUCAAAAUUAUUGCCUCAUUUGUGCAAGUAUGAAUUGGUGGUUAAGACGUGUCGCGUUUUUACGUUACUUUUUAAAAUAUUGUCUAUCUCUUGGCAAUGGCACAGCUUAUUGAGAAAAGUAAUAAAAUGUACAACAAAUAAAAACUAGCUGACUCCACCUGAUUGACUGAAAUAUAUAUGUCGCAGUAAAGUAGUUAAAUCAGAGAGUUAAUUGAAUCUCUAGAGAUUUAGUUAAAUAGCGAUAUUCAAUCAAAUCGCUAGCAAGUUUUAAAUAAAGCAACGUCAAAACGUUUAACUGUCUGUCUGACCGAAAGUCAUCGUGUUGAUUAAUAAUGUAAAACAAGAUCGCGGUCACGACAACAGCUGAGUACUUUUAGAGUUUUUGUUUCAAAUUAUAGUUUUGGUGAAAUUGUAAACAUGUUAUCGACUCCACCAUGAUUAUUUCGGUGUGAUCGUGUAGAACUGAGAGCUUAGUAAUUCCGUGUUUUGUUUUUUGUAAAUGAUUAGGUUAGGUUAGUCUUGUUGACUAGGAACAUUUAGGAAACUCGUAAACGUUUCGUUUAGUCACUUAUCUGUCGGACGUUCAGCGACUUGAUUAAAUAUCGAACUUUAAUUAACUUUGUAGAGAUUCAAUCAACACUCUUGAUUUAACUACUUUACUCGACAUAUACACUGUUUAAAGAAACCAUUUCAAUAUAUUUACAUCAAGCAAUUGGUUUGUUGACCUCUUAAAUUUUGCGCAACAGAACUAGUAUAUAUAUAGACGAUCUUUUAAUAAAAUACCCGUAUCAACCACGUAGUAGACACAGGAAAUUGUGUCGUUUUUUAAUAUAGUUCGAAUUGUGAUAUUACGAGAUAUAAUCUAAAAGAAACUGUAUUUCGUUUAAAAAUACUUGAAUACCUCUUCGGCCCUAAAUUAAACUUACGGAUUACGGAACGUUAGCUCAUGUUACUCUAUAAAAAUGUGUAAAUUGCAAGUUGUUGAAGUUGCAAAUUAAAACUUUUAACCUAUUUUAAACCUAUUCUAAAUUUUUAACCUAUACUCGCGUAUAAGAUUAAAAUAAUACAAUUUCUAUAAUCGCAUUUGCUAUAUACAAAUUUCAACUUGUACCUUUCAAAUGUGAUACUCCAGCCUAUUAAAGGUUGUUUAGUCUUGUUCUGGCAAUUAAAUAUUUAUAUAAUUUUCCCGUACAAUUAAUUGUGAGAAAACCAAUUGUGGAAAAGGAAAGCCGGAAAAGCAUUUCUUUGUUUUGUACUUUCCUAAAGAAAGUAAUAAAAUAUUCAUAAAUUAACAUUUUAAUGAUUUGACAAGAUUUGUUUUUAGGCAUAGCCAAUAUGUCAUAUGUCAAAUGUAAUCCGUCAGUUUAAUGUAGUUUUAAUGUUAUUUCUUGCUCAACUUAUCCUAAAUCAGUCGCAGAGUAUUUUUUAUCGUUAUAUAAAGAGAUUACAAUGUGAUAUCACAUACAAAGUGUAACAUUACUUAAUA